UCUACAGUACUGGAGAUAAAUGUGUCCUUAAUUUUAAACCGUGUGGACUGUUUGGAAAAGAGCUUCACAGAGUAGAGGGAUACAUUCAGGACAAAAACAGAAAGAAGCUGUGCAUGAUCUAUGGCAAGUGGACAGAAUGCUUGUGGUGCACGGAUCCCACUACAUAUGAGACUUACAAAAAGAAUGAAAAGAGAGGUGGUGAGCAGAAGAAAUUGAAGCCGAGUGAAGAUGUUAUUAAAUCCGAAAAUGAUGAGGCUGAUGAUAUGCCAGAGGUUCAAGACACGGUGCAGUUCAUACCAGGCAGUAAAUUGCUUUGGAGAAUAAAUUGUAGGCCACCAAACUCAUCACAGAUGUACAAUUUCACCAGUUUUGCUGUGAGUCUCAAUGAGCUAGAAAAGGGCAUGGAAGCAAUAUUAGCUCCCACUGACUGUCGGCUACGUCCAGAUAUCAGAAAUAUGGAAAAUGGAAACAUGGAUGUGGCUAGCAAAGAAAAAGAGAGACUAGAAGAGAAACAAAGAGCUGCUCGCAAGGAGCGUGCAAAAGAUGAAGUGGAGUGGCACACACGAUGGUUUCAUCAAGGCACUAACCCAUACACUGGGACUUCAGAUUGGCUGUACUCAGGUGGCUAUUUUGAUAGAAACUUCUCAGACUGUCCAGACAUAUACUGAAAUUACGGAGCCAAUUGCUCAUCUCAUCUGGACAUCUAGUUACUAGAUUUCAUUCCAAGCCAGUUACUCUGGUUUUGUUGAUAGCAAAAACCAGCUUUUCUAAGUAAAUUUUAACAAAAAUUCUAUCAGUCAACAAUCAAGAAUUUAAUUACCACUAAUGUUGGAUUGCCAAAUAUUUAAAUACUGUUACAUUUUUUUCCAUAAAGCUGCACCUGAAAUCAUCAUGUUUUCACUAAUUUUCAAAGGGACCUUUGGUUCUUCAUUUUUUUCCCUAGUUUCUUUGUCAGGAAGAUACGCUGUAUCUGGUAGAGCACAUAACAUCCUUGAAAACUACGUAACUUAAAUAAAAUAGAGAUAAUAUCCUUGUUACUUAGUACAAUAGUGAAGAAUCUGAAGUUUUUGGAACUCGGAGCAGGGAUGAAAAGCUAAUAUGGUACCAACAGGAUCAAAUCUAGUACUGUCGAUACUCCCCGUGAAGAGAUGCAUGUGAACUUCCAGACGGUAUGUAGCACUACGUGGGGACUGGAGCUCCUGGCCCCUCUCUCUCAGUACGAUUCAAUAAUUCAGAGACUUGGGGAAACAAAAAACAACCUGAGCUUCUCAAACUGUAGUUGUCUGUUACAGAGUCUUCACAACUUUUGGACACUGUGAGCAUUAAACUGUAUACCUGUGAUAAAAUUACAUAAAGCAUACGUUAGGAGAAGGGAAGGGUGCAUUAAAAAGUGUGCUUUUUCUGAAGUCAAAUGCUGUUCUUAAAAUACGAGAAGCUUCGGAAGCAAUUGUAGGAAUGUAAAAUAUAUUGCUUGCUACCACUUGGAGGCUUAAGUCUUCUGCACUACCUUUGGCAGCUUUGGCACUAUGUAUGCUUCUAGACUAAACUUUUAUUUGGAAGCACUUUGGUAUGUAUAUCUACACAGGUUCAUAUUUUGGGGACAUUUUGGUUUGCAUGUUUUUCAUUAUUAGGUCAUGUCUGUUUUGUAUGUUGUGAAAAAGCAGAAUCAAUUUAAAGCUUUGGCAGAGUUAUACCUAUUACAAGUUUUCUGUGAGCACGUGCUGUCAAAAAGUGGGAUUUUUUUUGUUCCUUAUCGAACCAUUGAAGCCAUAUGAUACUGGAAAUAAUCAAUUACUGAAUUGACGCAUUUUUUUCUUUCAAGUGGUACACUUCGGAGGGGUAGGGGGAGAGAGGCUUGAAAAAUUAGGUUCAGUAACUAAAACUAAUUCUAAUGUUGCUGCUUCUUUCAUAAAAGUUUUUAAUUGAGUAACCAGGCAAAAAUGGAGAGCGGCCACACUGCUGUUAAGUUUACAGUAAUUCAGAAACUGCUGGUGUUAAGCACCAGCAGCUUGAGGAAUUCAUGGAAGAACUGGCCUGAUUGGUGUCCAGACACAUCUGUGAUUUCAUCCAAAGAGUAGAUUUUUGAAGUGCUUCUCUCCCAGCUACACAGUUAAAAAGCAAAAGAAAAUUAACAUACUCAUGGAGAAACAUUUUGUAUCAAAUCAUCCAUCUAAUAAUUGGAUUAACUUUAAAUUUUUGGGAGAUUUAGUUGUCUUCAUUUGGAAAAAUAAGAGAAGCUGUACAACUUCAAGGCAAUAAAUAAGGGCCUA